AUGGCUGCUGAUUCCUCUGUAAGGUUCAAUGGAAAUGGAAAUGGUAGCAUCAACCCAAUGCCUAACCUACAGAGGACUUACCAAGUGGUUGUGGCUGCUACCAAAGAUAUGGGAAUUGGUAAGGAUGGGAAGUUGCCAUGGAGAUUACCUACUGAUCUCAAGUUUUUCAAGGAGAUAACUAUGACGACUUCCGAAUCUGGGAAGAAGAAUGCCGUUGUUAUGGGAAGAAAAACAUGGGAGAGUAUUCCUCUUCAGUUCAGGCCUCUUCCUGGCCGUCUUAAUGUUGUUUUGACUCGCUCGGGUAGUUUUGAUGUUAAUGCAGUGGAGAAUGUUGUAAUAUGUGGAAGUAUGUCUUCUGCAUUGGAACUUUUAGCUUCUUCUCCUUAUUGUACAUCGAUUGAGAAAAUAUUUGUUAUUGGGGGUGGUGAGAUAUUUAGAGAUGCUCUCAAUGCCCCCGAAUGUGAAGCUAUCCACAUCACAGAAAUUCACACAAGCAUUGACUGUGACACUUUUAUGCCUCCAAUUGAUUUCACUGUAUUUCGGCCAUGGUACUCAUCCUUUCCUAAGGUGGAAAACAACAUCCGAUAUUCUUUCACCACUUAUGUGCGUGUAAGAAGUUCUGUAGCAGAGUCCUUGAAUCAGAGUACUGUUUCACCUCUUGAUAAUAAACCGGCUUCUAAAAAAUUUGUGGUUCAGAACUUUUCUUUUCUUCCAAAAAUGGUCUUUGAGAGACACGAGGAGUACAUGUAUCUUAAUCUGGUUCAAGAAAUCAUAUCUCAAGGUACCUCCAAGGGUGAUAGGACAGGGACUGGGACCUUGUCAAAAUUUGGUUGCCAGAUGAGGUUCAAUCUGCGCAGAAGUUUUCCUCUUCUAACAACUAAGAGAGUAUUUUGGCGAGGGGUUGUUGAAGAGCUUCUUUGGUUUAUCAGUGGCUCAACAAAUGCCAAGGUGUUACAGGAAAAAGGCAUUCAUAUAUGGGAUGAUAAUGCAUCCAGGGAAUUCCUUGAUAGCAUUGGUUUGUCAGAGAGGGAGGAGGGUGACUUAGGACCUGUUUAUGGGUUUCAGUGGAGGCACUUUGGUGCUAGGUAUACUAACAUGCAUAAUGACUAUGCCGGCCAAGGAGUUGAUCAGCUUUUAGAUGUUAUCAACAAGAUAAAGCAUAAUCCUGAUGAUAGACGGAUCAUUCUCUCUGCAUGGAAUCCAGCAGAUCUUAAAUUGAUGGCACUUCCACCCUGCCACAUGUCUGCACAGUUCUAUGUAGCAAAUGGGGAGUUAUCAUGUCAAAUGAAUCAGCGAUCUGCUGACAUGGGUCUGGGUGUGCCAUUCAACAUUGCAUCUUACGCCCUCCUGACAUGCAUGAUUGCUCAUAUUUGUGAACUUGUUCCAGGUGAUUUUAUCCAUGUUCUUGGAGAUGCACAUGUUUACCAAACUCACGUGAGGCCUUUGCAGGAGCAGCUUCAUAACCUGCCAAAACCUUUUCCGACUUUGAAAAUCAAUUCAGAGAAGAAAGAUAUAGAUUCUUUUGUGGCUACUGAUUUCAAGCUCAUUGACUAUGAUCCUCACCAAAAGAUUGAGAUGAAGAUGGCUGUUUAA